AUGAUUGUUGAAGAUGAACGACACACAUAUAGAGAUGAUUUUAAUUACUCUUAUAAUAAUGUAGAUAACAACAACUCAACAACUAAAACAUUUAAAGGUCCUCAUCCGAAUCUUACAACAAAGCUACAAAGAAGAGCAAGUCUUCGUGAAAAACAAGUUCAUCGCCAACUUCAAAGAAAUCUAGUCGAGUAUAUUUGGAAACGUUUUGGACAUGAGAAUGAUGAAAUUUAA